GCGAGGGUAAAAGGAUUUCCUUGGUGGCCAGGAAUGAUCGAUGAUAGUCCAGAAACUUUCAGUUACUACCAACUCGGUGGAAAAUCCCAAGUUCCGAUAAGAUACCACGUUACAUUUUUUUACGAUACACCAUCGCGUGCAUGGCUUACACCCAGCUGUAUAGAGCCUCUGAAACAAGACGACGCAAUACAGCCCGGAAAAAGAAAGAGGCUUGUCUACCAUAGAGUCAACUACACCGAGCAAGUAAAAAAGAGCCUCGAGCAAGCUAAAUCAACAAUACCCCUAACGAUUAAAGAACGACUCGAAAAGUAUAGUUUCUUUUCUCGCUGUGAUAAUAAAAUUUUCGAGAAGAUAUCCCAGGGAAAAUACAAAAAGAAAAGGCCUUGCCGUAUCGGUAUAAUGAAAUCCUCAAGACGGAGGAAACCAAAUUCUAAAAAGGUCUCUGAAAUCCCCGUCUUAAAACAAGUGAAGAAUCCUCUUUGCCCAGAAUCAUCUCUGGAAGAAAAUGUUGCCCGAAAGACCCAAAUGACAUCUAUUUCCGCUGACCUUUUUGAAGAAACAUUUCAGAUUGAAGUUGAAAUUUCUCAGGACUCUGGAUUUUCAGCUAAUCGGAACAAUUCGCAACAGGCCAAGCCUGAUAAGCCCUUCGAUAAAGAAGCCGCUCUUGCGAUGAUCCAACAUUUUGUAAACACAGAAUUAUAUCAGGAGCAUAUGAAUCUUACGGGCAGAGAUUUAUUCGAGGACACAAAACGGCGACAGGAGAGGCGCUUGAAGAAGAAAUUGCAGAGUGAGAGGCUCUAUUUUGAUCUCGAAUACGAAGUUUCGAGUGAGAUUAUUUCUGAAGCCAGUACUAGUGCUUACGGAUCUCCCAGAAGUGAAUACGUCUUUUGCUCUCAACCAGAAUCGCCCAAAGAAAUUUCCUUGCUACGAUCUCGACCGGAUUUCUCUAGAAAAAUGUCCUUAGUGCCGCAUGUUGUCUUGAAGAGAAAUAAUCACGUAGAGGAUUUAUUGCAGAAAGCUCUUGCUAAAAAAGCAAAACUUAAUUGAAAUUGAUCAUUAGAGGGUGGCGAUUUGACCGGAAAAUCGGGAAAUGACCCUGAAUUUGCCGGUUCCAAAUCAGAAUUUCUCAAAAUUGAUAAAAUCCCUUUUCAAAAUUGAAAAAAUAAAGAAAAUAGUUCAAGUUCUUUUUAGAGAAGUAGUAUU